CGAAUACUUCAUUCUACAGCAAUUCGUUCGAAGGUGAACAUCCGAACUUAACAUAGUUUCGAGUGACAUUGCUGUGAAAGCUGAGUGUAUUUCAUAAACAUUUGCACAUAUAUAAAGUAUUCAAGAUCAAUUUGAGCACUGAAUCAUUAUAAGAAAAGCUUAUUUAAUUAAAUAAAAGAUCUUCUAUAAAGUUAUCAGUGUACAGCGACCGUGAUUUAGAAUAUCGAUCGGUACGCGGUUUUCAGUGAACAAACUAAAAUUUUCAACGGCACCUACUCAAUUUCAACAAAAACGUUAAAAACCAAGAGUCACAGUUACAGUCGCCGAGAUGGCGUUUAUGAUGCCAGUAGUAAAGAACGAUUGGGAUAUAUACAACUCGCAGAGGUCGCGUCGGGCUUCGGAGUCAGCGGACAAAGGGAGUAUAGGCGGGAGAGUGCGGAAGGUAUCGGAGUCUCGAUCAGAGGGUCCCGUGUUGUCUCCGCGCACCGCUGCCACCCUCAGCCCUCACAGGAGCGCCCCAGCCAUGAGAUCUCUCUCCUACUGCAGAGUUCCACCUUCACGAGCGUCGCUGCGAGUGUACGAGAGUCAAAGGGGCUCGGGUAGUCCGACCGGGAAGAGCAGGGAUUCCGAGAAGUUCCACAGCAGGGCGUGCGGCGGAUCCCCCGAGCGAGUCUCGCGCUGCGCCGCCUGCAUGCCCUACCUGUGACGCGCGCGAUCGUCUCGUCUGUGAUACGUACGUGGCAGCUGAGUGAUGUGAAUGUACCGCACCUUACAAACGUCCCGAUAUAUCAUCAGUUUCGUUCGCUUUUCCUAACGCAUGUAUGGCAGUUUUACCGGUUAGUUUCUGAUAUGUUAUUUGAUGUCUACUAAAGUUACUUGUAAAUAUCUUUGUAUAAGAUGUACUGUAUCGACACCUGGUGAAAUCAGCAAUGUUUAAAGUGGUAAGAGGGUAGUAAAAGGGCUGUAUGUUGAAGACUGCGUUAUUUAAGUAUGGACGCGGGUGUUGGCUAUGAGUAUUGUCGAAGCCCCCGGUUCUGUCGUGCAGUAGCUUGAGAUGGUAUCUGUGAUUCAUUAUGUGUAAGUUACUGUGUUAUUUAUUAUUACGGAAAGAAGUACCUUUUAUUUAUAUUUCAUUAGCAUAUGACAACCGUAAUUAUUUUUACGGAUUUAGAAUCUAUUGGAAACAAAUUUGUGUUACGAGUAUUAUAUGUUGAGAAUUAUAUUAUUGAAAUUUAGUCAAUUUUUUAUUAUAAUCACAGUACCUAUGAAAUGAAUGUAUGUAAUUAGUUUUAUCUUCUAAAAUUAUUCGUAAUGAAGGCCUUUUAUUUUAUAGACAGUGAUAUAGUAUAGAAUAAUAUUUAAGGGAUGUUUUGAGUUCCGGCUAUUAUUAUAUGACUAGUGUUUAAACUACGUUAGAUAUUGCAUGUUUUCUAUGUGAUGUUAACUUGACUGUGUAAAUGGACCAGCUUUAUUAAAAAGUUAGUAAUAUCAGUAUGACUGAGAAAGUGAUUUUAGUAUCUUAUAUGUGUAAUGUAAGUUCUGGAUAAGGACAAACCGAUUUAGAAUUCUGCUGAUAGUUCCUUUAAAUUUCAAAACUGCCAUCUUAAUGUUGCCUGUUUAAUAAUCAAUCUUUCAUUGUUUUUGAUCUGAUGUUAUAAGAAAUAUAUUGCUUAUCCAAUCAA